CGGAAACGCGUGGAGCGCGCAGCCGACCAGAACCAGAACCAGGAGAACCAGGAGAACCAGAACCGGGUUCCAUCAUGGUGCAGGAGUUCCACGUGGUCAGGUGUUUCCGCUGCCUGAGCUUCCAGGUGCAGCAGGUGAAGAAGGCGAAGAAGUGGAGCUGUAAGCUGUGUGGAGAAAAGCAGUCGCUGCUGAAGGAAUUUGGCCGCGGGUCCGGCGCCGACUGCCGGCGCCACGUCCAGAAGCUGAACGCCAUGAGAGGAGCCGCCAUGGAGGAGGAGGCGGCCCACACCUGGUCGCUAUGCGAGCAGGUAGCGGUAGAGGAGGAAGAGGGGGUAGAGGAGGAAGAGGAGGAGGAGGAGGAGGAGGAGGAGCAUACAGACGGCCAGGUGAGACCUGCUCAGGUGAGUCGCUGGAGCAAGUAUCUGGACACACCUGAGGAGGAAGAGCCCGAGGAGGAGGAAAGCUCGGUGGCCAGAAACCAUCUUCAAGGGAAGGACACCUGUAGCAGGAAGAGGCCGAGAUCAGCGGAGGGCGAUGACGCAAGACGAGAUGACGGCUGCACACCUGCCCAGCCGCAGCGUCCAGCAGAGACGUCACCAGCGGCCAGCAGGACUCACGGGGCCUCUGGCUCCAGGUGGAGUCAUUUCCUCAGCGCUGACAGGCAGGGGGCGGAGCAUUCUGUUAGUGGGUGGAGCCAAACAGGUGCAGCGGCUACCAGGACCUCUAAUGAUGACGUCAUGCCCCCCCACCGCCGGUUUCCUGGCUCCUCCAUGUUUGAAAGCGGCGAAGAGUUGAACCUUGAUGACUUUCUGACCUUUUAGUUCUGUUGGUCCUGUUUGUGUUUUUCUGACCCUGUUUAAAUGUAUCUGAGGUGCUUUAUGUUAAUUUAUUGUGACACAGUGAUGGUUUUCAGUUUUUAUUAUUCGGUUAUAUCAGAAAUUGGUAAAGCAUAGAAAGAGAGGAACGAAUAAAUGCAUUAAUUAAAA